AAAAGUUAAUGUCCUUGUGAUAGGAAACUCAUUGUCCAGGAUAUUCUGGAGUCCACAUUUCAUCUUAAGUGAUGUUUAAAGAUAAACUCAUCUUCCAUUAACAACACUAGGCACGACUACGGAAGAAUUGGAAAGAAUCAACAAAGAAAUCGAGUCAGUCAAGGCUGAGGUUGCAGAAAAGCGGAAGAGGCUCUCCAGGUUUACUUUAGCGCUUGAAGAGCUAUCGCAAAGCCCCGUGGCCUCCUUGAGCGACACAAAUGUGAGACAAGGUUUUCCUGAAAAUAGCCUGCUCCCAAAAGAACAGUGGAAUGAACCGUCAAAGAGCAAAGAGAGUCAGCCUAGAAAGUACGUGAUGGACCACAGAUGUCCAGCAACUGACCUUGAAUAUGAUCCCUUGCUCAAUUAUUCUGCAGGGCUGCUUGGGGCAUCUAAAGCAAAGCAGGGUGAGACUGACAGGCAGCACUUCUGGAAAAAAUCUGUGGGUGGAAAUUGCCACAAGUCCCUGGAGAGCCAAAGACCUUAUGUUUCACCAAUACGAAUUAAAAUAAAUCUUCAAGAUUCUGAUGAAGAUGACCUUGUAAUGGAUGUACCUCCAAUCAUUCCUACUUCUAAGAAAUCUAAACCAUUUAGAGGCUUUAAAUAUCAGAAUAUGGAUGAAAAGAUACAAGUAUUGCCCCCGGAGGACAGAAAUCUUCAGAUCAGUGGUAUAGAAGAGGAAAAGAUAGAUGAAACCCAACUAACCACACAAACAGAUGAUGAAAGUAGCAAGUUAGAACCACCAAAAUCACACAUGAAAACCUCACUAGAUACUAAAACUAACAUAAACUUGUGUGGUGUUAAAAACCACAUUUCUAAGAUGGAAAGCUUCGAUGGUGAGGAAAAGCAUGUCUGUAUUUCAGGAGAAAGUAUAACUUGUGCACCUCUCAGUGACAAAGAAAUACAGAAGGAAAGUCAUAAUGAAAGUUACCCAAAGAGCAGAAGACAUGUAAAAACAAUUGAUGAUACUCAAAAAGAAGAAACUGAAUGGCGAUAUUCACCAAGCCAACUCCAGUUCUCUUAUUCAGACGAUCAUGUGAAAGACAAAGUUCUGAGAGUACAAGACGACAGUCAAGACUUCACUACUUUUGAAGACAACAGAUUAGAUGAAUUUGAUUUUGAUAAGGAAUGUACUGAAGAUGACACUCCCUCUGACUCUGAUGACACUGUGAAGGAAUGUCUUCGAAUUUUCAAUAAGUUCACGCGAAGCAAAGCUCAUAAGGGAGAGACUGCUAAGCAGCCUUCAGGAAAGCAAAUGGAAUUAGAUAUGCAAUAUUACCAAAACAUUUCUGGACCAAAAAGGAGAAUUGCACACACUGCCAAGUUUGAUGUUCCAACCAGUAAAGAGAUCACUAGCCCAUUCAGGGGACCAGUCCCAUUAAUUAGUCACACUGGAAUCCUUCAGGCCCAGCAACAGGCAGUGCAGAUAAUGGCUGCCAUUAAGGGUGGGCAGGCUUUUGUUGCUGCCACUUCAGAACAGAAAAAAAAUACAUUUGCAUGUCCAGCCUCUCAGACCCAAAGGAAAGCCUCAGGAGAAAAUUCAUGUACAUCAGACAGCCUUCAUGUGGAUGUAGUUCUUUCAAAGGAAAAUCCAACUGCAAAGCCAAACAGAUCACACAUUCCUGUGAAAAGUAUUGCUUCUUUUCCUGUAAAGGCUAAAAUAGAAGAAAAGGCCGUUUAUGAAUGCUGUAGCAGUCGAAAUAUGUAUGUGAACAUAGCAAGAAAUACUCUGAAGAAGCUGAGAGACCGAGCUUCUAGGAAGAUGUGCUGUCGAUGUGGGAAGAUCUAUGGCGUGACUCCUGCAGGCAAACACAGCAGCAUAGAGGAAAUGUCACUACCACUUUGGCCGACUGUUCUUGGUGGCUCAGAAAGGCGGUACAGCUGUUGUGAAGGUGUCCUUGGAUGCCCCGGGUGUCAGGUCACCAAGUGCUAUACAGCCAAAGGUUUGGAACUUACUCAAGUGACAGUGGUUGAUCCCAACCUCCAGGUGGUCUAUGAUACGUUUGUGAAACCAGAUGAAGAAGUCAUUGACUAUAACACUAGGUUUUCUGGUGUGGUUGAAGAUGACUUGAAGGACACGAAAACCUCAAUCCGUGAUGUGCACGCCACCUUGUUGAAACUGUUCAGUGCUGACACUGUACUAAUUGGACAUAGCUUUGAACGUAGUCUCUCUGCACUUAAGUUAAUUCAUACUUCAGUUGUGGACACGACAGUUAUGUUUCCUCAUCGGCUAGGCUUGCCUCACAAAAGAUCCCUUAAAAGUCUAGUGGCCGACUACCUACGGAGAAUCAUUCAGGAUGAUGGUCACGAUUCAACUGAAAAUGCAAUUGCCUGCAUGGAACUGGUACUCUGGAAGGUAAAAGAUGACCUGAAAGGAAAGAAGUAACCACUUUGCCCAAGAAUAUCUUAAACCUCUGCAUUGCUUCCGUGACUCCUUGGCCUCCACUGCUGGCAGUAGAGUUUGGUCUAUAAUUACAUGAGGUUUCUCCACACUUUCAAAGAGAAGAGGUGAAGGAAAAGCACUGUUGAGGUCUAUUUAUUACAUUUUAAAGGUUGAAUUUCCACAGUGAUUUCUAAAGUUGUGACUGAGGAAGAGCGGGGGAAGGAAUUAGGUUUUUUUGGAAUUUGACUCAUCUUCGUAGGCAGUGUACAGAUAACAGUGGAAGAUGGUUUGAAGUUGAAGUAAUGGGUCCAGGACUUUCACAAAGGUCGUUUUCCAGGUUACUUAAAUUCCUUUUACUCUCUAAAUACUUAGAACCAUUAUACUGCUUGGAGAUAGAAACAUCUUUACCUAACAAAAUUGUAAGUUUUCUUUAGAUCAUCUAUAUAGAAAUAGAAGUGGAGAUUUUCCUCACAAAAUAUAUGGAACUAAAUGUAAACUUUUCAGUGUACUAUUAACAUAAAAGUUCUGGUCAUUUGGCUAUUGUGUAAUGUGUUUUUAAUCUAACUGGUGUAUUCUUACUUGAUUUUGAUAUCAACAACUCACUGAUUUUUUUCUUUUUUAAGGCAGUGUCCUAUGGCUCUUCUAAACACACUGAAAUCUAAUCUAUAUACCCAGUACUGGAAUCGUCUAAUUCCUUUAAGGGGUUGGUUCUCUCCUUCUUAACUGCUUUUUGAUAAUGUGGAAACUGGCCCGUGGAAAUGACAUGACUUUAUUCAACUUGACUAUUGACCUUUGAGUAAGUAUGAAUCUUUAUUAUUAAUGCUGUUAACAUGCUACAAAACUACAAAGGUUUCUCUGCCAAUGGUAGGGAUGAGACCCAGAGCUGUCAAUUGUAUGGUCUCUGUGUCAGGAGUAAAUUCAAGUUGAUGGUGAUGAUGUGCCCUCAGUAAGAACACCUCAGGUUUGCUGCUUUGGUACUUUGAAUUUACAAGUAAAUCUUAAGUAUCACUGAAUUCCUUUUUCUUUUUUCUUUUUUUAAAAAAAUUAUUUAUUUUUGGCUGCAUUGGG